AUUGCCGGUGGCUCCCGGACGACAGAAUCAUUUUGACACGCGACAGGUCAAGAGAACAGACUCUAAGCAAGAGUCCGGAGCACAGGCAAGCUCUUUAAGCACCGACCUUUCGGCUGGAGGCUCUUAAUAUGAGAACAUCAUACCGAGAUAUGUGCCGGGUCCCAGAGAACCAGCCCGUUGAACUGGUGGGAAUGUUCUGGAACAGCAGGAUGUUCUCGGCUGCUGGGAAGGAGGACAGGGAGGACUGCUUUCUCAGCUGCAAGAGGGCUCAGGGGGUUAAGCCCCUAGGGUGUGGGCAGAGGCAAAGAGGCUUGGAACAGGAAAGCACUGACUGCUCUCUGUGCCUCCAAAGAACCAUCCACCCGCUUGUGGCUUUGCAAGCAUGGCUGCACUUUUUCUCAUCUUCAUCAUCAUUGCUAUUGUCUUUGCCCUCAUCCUUCAUUUGAAUUGUGAAGACCAGCUGAGAUCAGCCUGAUUCUGUAAUGCUGAAUCUCUACUUUCUUUGUGUAAGAGUUUCAUGGUGCUGUUCUGGAACAAUGUUUCUUAAUCCUGCUCCUGGUGACCCACUAUGCUUCACAGGCAUAGAGAACUACAUGCCUCGACAUACCUGAUGCAGCUCAUCAUGUUGUGCUGAGCUUGUUGAGAAUGUUAUGGCAAGACAUAGUUGAAACUGUUCAGCACAGUCCCAGAGCAUGGUCCAGCUGCUUAAGUCAGCAGACCUUGGUCGCCACAGCCUCCUUUACUUAAAGGAAAUUGGCCAAGAAUGGUUUGGAAAGGUUUUGCUGGGAGAGGUGAAUGCUGGACUUAACACCACGCAGGUGGUGGUGAAGGAGCUGAAAGCGAGUGCCAGCGUACAGGACCAGAUGCAGUUCCUGGAGGAGGCCCAACCUUACCGGACUCUCCGACAUCCUGCGCUGCUACAGUGCCUGGCUCAGUGCACAGAAGUCACGCCCUACCUGUUGAUUAUGGAAUACUGCCCUCUGGGUGAUGUUAAGGGAUACCUCCGCAGUUGCCGAGCAGACUCUGCUACCCCCGACCCUUUGAUUCUCCAGCGAAUGGCAUGUGAAAUUGCCUCUGGCCUUCUGUACCUCCACAAACAUAAUUACAUUCACAGUGACCUGGCUCUCAGGAACUGUCUACUCACUUCAGAGAUGACAGUGAAGAUUGGAGACUAUGGCCUCUCCCACAGCAGGUACAAGGAUGACUAUUUUGUAACGGCAGAUCAGAUUUGGGUGCCUCUGCGAUGGAUUGCUCCAGAGCUCAUUGAUGAGGUCCAUGGCAACUUGUUGGUGGUGGACCAGACCAAGGCCAGCAAUGUCUGGUCACUGGGUGUGACAAUCUGGGAGCUGUUUGAGCUUGGGAAUCAGCCAUACAGACACUACUCUGAUAGACAAGUGUUGACUUAUGCUGUGAAGGAACAGCAGCUGAAGCUGCCAAAGCCUUUGCUGAAAGUGCCCCUGUCUGACCGCUGGUAUGAAGUAAUGCAAUUCUGCUGGCUACAGCCAGAGCAGAGGCCCAUGGCAGAGGAAGUUCAUCUGCUUCUGAACUACCUGUGUGCUAAGGGUACCAGCGAGGCAGAGGAGGACUUUGAGAAGCGUUGGAACUCUCUCAGACCCAGCCUAGGUACCAGCAGUUCCCACAGAACCCCAACAUCAUCAGAGGUAGCCUCAUCUACUUCCUCCUUUCCUCUGUUAGAGCACUUCUCCACAGCUGACAGCUUCCAGUCAGAGAAUGGUGAUGACAUACUGACAGUGACCGAGACCAGCCAUGGGCUCAACUUCGAAUAUAAGUGGGAGCAGGCCCGAGCUGAACAGCCCUACUGCUCCUCAUCUGCCAGUGGACCUCUAGGAAGGAGCAAUCCACAUUACCAGGACAUCUAUUAUCCUCUUACCAAUACCGCAGGAAGCUGCAAAGGGGAGAGUCUCACUCUGGGAGUUUCCCCAUCCUACUAUGAGCCAGAUCAUCCAGGGGUGGUACCAGUACUGAGUGCACACAGUCCAUCUGUGAGCAGUGAGUACUACAUCCGCAUUGAGGAACCUGUAGAGUGCAACAUUAAUCUGGAGGAGGGCACUCUUGACUACAGUCCAGGGGUUGAAGCCAGCAACAGUUGCUUUUCCACAAAUGACAUGAAAAGUCCCACAGAGGCUCAGACACACACAUACUGGUCAGCAGCAAAAGACUCUAAAAGCAGUGCCUAUGAUUCAGAUGGCAGCCCAACUAUUUCCCUCUCCUUGGAGCCACUUCAGAGGGGAGGUCUAAGCCCACUGGAAUCUGUAGAUCAAUCAAGACAAUACUUCUCCCCCAGUGACACAGACAGAUUCCAUUGUGAACAGUCAAUCUCAGCAGAACUGGAAGCUCAUUUGAAAAGGCACCAACCACCUGAUUCUCAUCUUGGGUCUGGGAGCCACCUCUAUACAGGGCUACAGAAUAGCUCACAUGGUGUAUCAGUCUCACUGCACAGCCCCAGUCUGGGACACUGUGACCCCUACCUUGAGGCCAGCCAGAGGACUGCUGAAAAAAAUAUGGCAAAUGAGGCCUAUUAUGACAUGAUGGGCAACUUGCAAAAGAACAUGCCUAGGGCUCACUAUAUGAGUAUUAAUGUUGAAGCUGGAGAUGGUCUUCUUAUGGGUGCAGCUGAUCCAGAGGAUGACAACAGUCUGUUUACAGAAAGUGAAGCAACCAACUGGACCUCAAACCACUCUGCAAAUAACAACAGCUUAAACGUUGAUGGCAGACAACCCAGGGGGUUUCCUGACACCUAUCUUGAUUUACAACAGAGUACACCUUCCUCCCGUAUACAGAACCCAAGGCAGAUUACAGUAGAAGCAUGCGACAAUUCCAAAAGUAAUCCUUCCCAUACUUUCAAAACACACUCGUAUAUGGAAGCCACAGGCAGCAAUCCAUCCACCAUUAACAUUCCAUACACAGAUUCAGAGUGUGGAUCAUACAUACGUCUGUGCUGUGAGGAUAGAAAGGAGGUAGAGACAUCUGUCAAGUUUCAUUCAGCCCUAGAAAAACAACAAAUUAUUUAUCCAGCCCAGAAGAAUGCUCCUCAUCUGCAUGUCAGAGAGAAUACGAUACAGUUCCCAGUAGGGAGUUACACCAGUAAGAAUCUAGUUUCUUCUCCAGCUGAGACAGUAGUGACUCCAGAGAAUCUACUCCCUGACAGAAGCACAAGCCCUGCACAAGAUAUAAAAUUCCGAUCAGAGGGUCCAGCAGCACUGAGUGGGAAGAAGAUUCCGUGCCCCACGGCUCUGUCAGAAUGUGUCUUAGAGUGCAGUCAUACAGGGAGCAGCUGGGUGGAGCAUGGCUGUUCCAGCAUUAGCUUGGUGGACAUUGAUGAUUGCAGUGAUGACGACAUCACUGACAUUACCUCUGGUGUGUUUCCAGAGUCUCCUGUGGACUAUGCAGAAGUGAGUGAUGCUAACUUGGUACAAAGACCAUUGCACAGAGAAAUGCAAAGCUGUGACACUGAGGACAUUAUUGACCUUGCAUCUAGUAACAGUCCUAGUGAGGCCUUCAUGCAAGAUGCUUACCACAUGUCCAUCCAACCCAAAUCAUUGGAUAGUGGUUACGACACAGAGAACAAUGAGUCUCCUGAGUUUGUCAUGAAGGACUUGGAGGGUAAGCCAGUCCUUAGUACUAGUAUGGAAUCGGAGUGUGAUAUGGUCCUCCAGAUGGACCUCGGAAAUGAUGAUGAAGCUGUCCUGACUCCAGCUUGCAGCAGUAAUCUGGAGUUGACAAGCCUGGGUGAGAGAAACAAGUUCAGGGACUCUGCUUAUUUUUCAGACUAUGACACAGAGAAUGACAAGAGUCCCUGUGAAGGAGGAAACACCUUCUUUGAUAACCAAGUGGAGGAUAAUGUUUUUGGACACAAACCUGCAAAAGACAACUCUCUCAGGAAGGCAGGGAGAGAGGGAGGGUGCCCAGUGAAAAAAAUGGAGGAGGGGUAUCAUUUUGCUAAGCUAAGAGAUCGCACAGAUGAUGCUGUUCUCAGUGCCAAACAGUUGUGUCCUGAGAAGAAGAACAUGGAGUGUGCUCUAGGUUCAUCUCCUGCAUCAGCUCCAGGAAUCACCAUGUUAUCUCCCUUUCCCCCAGAGAUGGGGGGAUGUUUGACCAAAGAGUCUGCUCCAGAUGAUGGCCUUGGGCUAGAAGCUGAGCACUCUGGAGAAGAUCCAGCUUCUGAGUGCUGCUCCAACACAGCCUCUGAAGGCUCAUCCACAACACAGGAAGCCACAACGAUGGAGGACCAAGCUAGUGGUACCACCAGGGACUUUUCAUCGGUGGACUCCCUGGGUUCAGACUCCACUAUAGUGGAGUUCAGCAGGGAGACUGUGAAAGAAGCUGAAACCGAAGACUGUGAGGACAUGGAAAAUGAUACAGAGUGUCAGAUGGAUGCAAAAGAUGAGGAGAAUCAAGGAGUGAAACAAGAAGAGGGAGUGGAGGAGGACAGCAUUGACCAAGCACUUUUAAGAGUCAAGCGGGACAGUUCUCUGGACAACAUUCUGCCUGCCUUACCAGAGGACCUGGAUAUACCAGCACCCCUAGGGAACAGUGAGGAAGCAGACGAGGAAGACUCAGAUGACAGCGAUGAGUCUGACGAAGAGCUGCGCAGCUAUAGUGUGCAAGAGCAGAGUGAGGAGAGUGAGGAGGAGUUCACUACCGUGCCCGUGGUGGUGAGUGAGCGGAGUAGUGCUCGCCAUCUGCGCAGUCUCCUCAAAAUGCCCUCACUGCUCACUCAAUCAUUUUGUGAUGAGCUGGAACGCAAGAAAAAAGCAGUCUCCUUCUUCGAUGAUGUCACAGUGUUCCUGUUUGACCAGGAGAGCCCUACAGGGGAACUAUCAGAAUACACAUUUCCACCUGGGGCAGAACCUAAUGGCCAGGCUGCAGUGGGCGAGCAACUUCGACCACAGAGAGCUGGUGCCUCUGAUAACUCCUCAGAUGAAAAUGUCUCAGAAAGUGAGACCUUUGAGUGGGAGGAAGAUUUUCCUAGUCCUUCAACAUUAGAACCGGUUUCUGAUGGGAUCAGCACACCCCCCAACUCUCCAGUCAAGUCUCCUGAAGAAAAGCCAGAACCCCAGUUUUCCCGCUUCAGUAUUUCUCGCUUCUCCAUUACACAGGUGUCUGAUUCAGACAUGGACACCAUGGGAGGAAGCGCUAUGGAUGGAGAUCAGGCAUGAGAGGACCACAUUUGACACAUUUGAAGGACAACACAUCCAGAACCCUUUUGGCCUGAAAAGGCUGUAGAUUUGUUGUUUUAUUAAAUGUCCUGGACGAGGGAUCUUCUGAAUCUGAUAUCCUUUUUUGGACACAGUGCCUCAUACUGUAGUGGAAUGACAUUAGCCUUACUUCCUUUUGUCUCUAGACAGACGGCAGUAGUGUGACAUAGUCUGAUAAGGACAACAAUUAAAAGAACAGAAAAAGAAAUCUAUAUGUAUCAGAAAAAUUUAUGUAUGUAUUACAAAAAUAAUAUAUGAUAUAACUUAUUUGCAACAUUCAGUAUCAACACUCAUACUGCAACAAGUCAUUUUUUUACAAACUGUAGCAACCAUAAAAAAGGUAUUACUGUGCUGCUCAUUGCCUUGCAGUUCCCCAUCUUUAUCAUAAACCUCUCAGAUCUUCCAAACACCAGUCUGGAAGCCAGCAGGCUUAGUCAUAAAAGGAAGUUGUGACUUGUCAAUCAGGACGUGACAACUGCUGGGGGUUUACUAACAAGCCCGUGUGAUAGAGCCCCAGCAUUAGAGACCCUUGAGAUUCAAGAGGAAAUCCGUAGUUUUCUCUGGAGGCAAUCACUUCUGACUGUGUUAGAUGAAAAUGUUGUAGCUCAGGUAAAUUGUAUGAGGGAUGUUAAAUUGGUAUUGAUGAAAUCAAAGCUUAAGGCACAUGAUAAAAGAUGCUUGUGUUUGACAUAUCUCCUCACUAAAGAAACAUCUUUCCCCUUCCCCCUUUGUGCUGCUAUACACUUUGAAGAUGAGGCAAAGAUUUAAGUAACUGCACUUUCUUUGUUGAAAUCUAGAGGUCAUGUGCAAAUCAAUUUCCACACUGAUCAAAUGAAAUAUCAGGAUGCCUGUUUAUGUCUAUCUAUAUAGAUCCAGUUAAAGUUGAUCACAGUCUAGUUUCUCUCACUGAUGUUGGCCUUUAUAUUAAAGUGUAACUUCAUCUUCAUGCUGAGGAAAGGAUUGAGCAUUUCAACGGGUGCUAUUAGAAAACGAGUUUGCAUAUCCAUUAGUCUUUUAGUGUCCAUUUCCCACACUAGUGUUGCACAUUUAAGAGUGAGCUGUAAAUAGGCAGUUACGGGGUCUUCAUGAUUCUGCUCUCCAAAUAUUAAAUCCGUUGCCGUAUCAUCGCCUUAACUACAAAGGGAGUACAUAUUCGAUCUGAUCAUGUUACUUUACCGAGUUUUACAUACCUGGAUAGGAUGGGAGUUUUAAAGGACAAUGCCACAAUUUUGCAAAUAAACCUCGUAUUUCAUAUGGGUUAUAUAUCCAUUACUGUUAAGACAUCUGUGAAGUUAAAAGGUUCUUAAAACUAAGCAGGAGAGAGAAAAAAAAAUCUUCCUGUUUAGGGUAUUCAAACAUACCGACCUCCAUGGAACAGAGGCUUGAAAAAUGCCAGAACCCAAAUAUUUUACAUUCUCCGUUUUUAUGACCACAGUCGAAUGCUUCUACUGCCAGGGUGCCUUUUUAUGAUGCGGAGAAGCAGAUCUUAAAAGUGAAGUGAAACUGUUUAAUGUGGGACUUUCAUAGGCUAGUUGUUAGGACUUGCUCCUAGAAUACUGUUGGUGUCGUAUGAAAACCUUGUUUUGAUAUGAAACAUAUGCAUUUUUUCCCAAAUGCUUCAGAUGCCCUUUAUAUUGAAAUUUUAUUUAAUUUCAUUAAUGUGCAUUGAGGACAAGAAUGUUUUUUUUUUUGUUAUCCUGCUAUCCUGCAAAUUACCAUUUCGAAGAUGAAGUGAGGUUCUGUUAUGACAAACCACCAAUCUGUUCUUCUCAGUCGGUUCAGACCUUUCUAAUUCAAGAAUUACUACAGUCACAAACAUGUAACGCUGUGAAAGAAGAACCGCAUGGUUCUAAGAAGUCUCUCCGCUUUGGUACGUUUCUCGUAAAGUGAUCUAAUUCACAUUAUUGUCUUGCAGGCCUUCUUCGCUUACAACUUUUUACAAACUUUUUGGUUAUUUCCAAAACUGUCAGUGUUGUCCUUUAAAACAAAGUCCCAGAGUGACCAAUGGCAGCUGUUGAAAACAUGCCCCUGUGCUUCAAAUGGUACCUCAUGAUGUAUGAAGAAGCUGGAUCUUUAAAACUCUGUACUCAGAGGAAAAUCAGUCGAGCAUAUCAGUGCAACGAGAGAAACAGGAGCGUAGAACAAGUCAGUCGUCCAACCUAUGGAAGUGCUAGUACAUGGACUUCACUCCAGGCUCCACACAUUGUUCAAGUCCAGUCAGUUUUCUGUGUUAGUGACCUGACAAUAUAAGAUGUUCUCUGUACCAUGUUUCACACUGAAAACUGUAUAAAUGUAUGGUACUUGGUCUUACUACAGUUGCACAGGUCAUGCUCACCCUAGCACCACUGGGCUGCAUUCAUAGUCCAUUACUGUGCCAAUAUUUCCAAACAGGCAUCAUUACUCCCCUGUUCCUCUCUAUCUGCCUUGCAGGCCUUUUAUAAUCUGUGAAAUCUUGCAGCAUUUUGUGCUAUUUUUACAGUGCAAAACAUAUCAGUGCUUUAUAGAGGACAGGUCGAUGGCUGUUUAUAGUUGCCAAAGCGAUAUCCAACAAUCAAGAGCCCCGUGAAUCAUCCUAUUACAGCGUGCUGGUGUGCUGCAUUUGUUCCUGCACCUGUAGUAACAUCAUGGCUGUUGCUCCAUUUCUCCCCAUACAUGCCAACUGUAGUAUUCCAAAAAAAUAAACAAAUAAACCAAACCUAUAGUUUGUCCUUAGAA